AUGAUAACACCGAUACCGCCCCAAAUAUCAUCAGAAAUGAGAGAGUCUGAAAAUAACGUGAUUCGUAAUCCACCACCACCUGCAUACCAAGAUACGAUAGGACACGGCUUUGUAGGAGAAACGUACUAUCAACCACCGCCACCGCCACCCACUCCUCCUCCUCCUCCUCCUCCUGCAAUGGCGACACGCGUGACCGAAUUUUAUUCACCACCAAAUAAUAGACGCCUUGCCAUGAGAAGACGUUUUUCAACUUUCUUUUGCGUUUUCUUCCUGCUGGUGAUAGUUGUUGGUUUAGCCGCUGGAUUAACUCGGACUGGUUAUGACAGCUGUGAAUGUCGGAGUAAUGAAGAUUGCGUUGGAUUAUACGGUAGGAUUAUAAGAGCUUAUAACCAGUCUGUGCUGGUUUUUAUUGUUACAACACCUGCGAAUGUGCUACUAGAAACUAAAGCUUAUUUGGUGAAAAUCUCUUCCAUCUUACAUCAUUCAGAGUGA